UACUUAACCGCGUAUGUAAGUUUUAACACUUUUUCUUCCUCAACAAUUAGUCAGUCAUCAUCAUAAUUUAUUCAGUGAUGGCGGGGUCGACGUCGUCCUCCGCCGCGGGCAGCACCAAUAUCAUGCUCGCGAUCUUCGAGAAGAAGGCGAACACGGUGGAUCUCUACCGCCCCCUCCGCAACUACGUCGCCUUCCACUACUCCGAGCGCGAGGCCCAAAACAUCGAAGACGAUCUCCAAACCCUAAAGCAGCUCCGCUCCGACCUCGACCGCAACCCCGAUCCCUCCCUCCCUUCCCGCCGCGACCUCCUCCAGAACUACUUCAAGGCUCUCUGCCAGGUCGAGACCCGUUUCCCCAUCUCACCCGACCCGGACCAUGUCAACUCCCUCACCUUCGUCUGGUUCGAUGCCUUCAAGCCCAAACUGAAAGCCUCUCAGCAGAACAUCCACCUCGAGAAGGCCUCCGUUCUGUUUAACCUCGGCGCCGUCUACAGCCAGAUUGGUUUAUCUUACGACCGCAACUCCGUCGAUGGCCGCCGGCAGGCUUCCCACGCCUUCAUCGCUGCAGCCGGAUCCUUCGCUUUUCUACGGGACAAUGCCUCCAUGAAGGCCUCCAUCGGGAACUCCACCACCGUCGAUUUGUCCGUCGAGUGCGCUGGAAUGUUGGAGAAGCUCAUGCUCGCUCAGGCUCAGGAGUGUGUCUUCGAAAACACCAUUGCUAAAGGGAGCACCCCUGGUGUUUGUGCCAAGAUCUCUAGACAGGUUGGACUGUAUUAUGAGGAAGCAUUGGCCGCGCUCAAUGUUGCGCCUUUAAGCCAGCAUUUUGACAAGUCAUGGAUAGUUCAUGUGCAGUUAAAGUCAGCUCUAUUUUAUUCAGAAGCUUGUUACAGAUGUGGAUUGGAACUGCAUGAAAAAGAGGAGAUAGCGGAGGAGAUUGCUAGAUUAAGGAGUGCGGUUAGUGUUCUUACCGAAAUUAAGAAAAGCUCAAAGGGUGCUGCGGUUCAGAUUCUGGAUGCGAUUAGCAAGUUGGAGGUCAAUAUUAACCGGAACUUGGAAAGGGCUGUCAAGGAGAAUGAUAGAGUUUACCUCAUGAGAGUUCCUUCUCCCAGUUCGUUGUCACCACUUCCAGCAUUUUCUAUGGUGAAACCUAUGCCGAUGAACGAGGUGUUGGAUGCGAGCAAAGAGAAGAUGUUUGCAAGUCUUGUCCCUGACAACAGUGCAAAGGCUCUCUCUAGGUACACCGAGAUGGUGGAUGAUAUUAUAAGAACACAAGCUGAGAAGUUACAGCAAGCUAGUGAGCUAACCCGAGUUAGGCUUAAGGAAAUGGAGCUGCCAGAUUCUAUUCUUGCUUUGGAAGGAAAUUUUACUCUACCAACAAAUCUCAAAGAAGAUGUCGAGGCUGUGCAGAUCAGUGGGGGCCCUGCUGGUUUGGAAUCAGAGCUGCAGCAACUUAAGGAUCUGAGGAGGGUGAAUCAAGAAUUGUUGGUUCAGACUGAGGAGUUAUUGCAGAAGGAAGCAAGAGAAGAUGCUCAGUUUAGAAGCCAAUUUGGAACAAAGUGGACUAGGCCUCAAUCAAGCACUUUGACAAAGAACUUGCAGGAUAGACUCAACAGGUUUGCGGGUAACCUGAAACAAGCUGCAGAAAGUGAUUCUAGGAUUGAGCGUUCAGUUAGAGAACAUUCGGCUCUCAUGGCAAUCCUGGAUGCCCGUCCGAUUGAAUCAGCACUCCCGAGCUUGGCAAGGCCAAUUAUGUCUUUUGAUCAAAAUGAAGAUGCUGUCGUGGGGUCUCUCAAGCAAAGCUUGAGACAACUAGAGACUCUUGGAGCUCAAAGGGCUGGUCUUGAAGACAUGUUGAAAGAGAUGAAAAGAAAGGAUGAUAUAUUACCCAAGUUGAUGACAUCCACCGGUUCUUAUGAGGACCUUUUCAAGAAGGAGGUAGCAAAAUAUGACCAUAUUUGUGAAGAUAUAGCUCAAAAUAUUGAGGCUCAAGAGCAGUUGUUGCUGCAGAUCCAGGCUCAAAAUGAUGAUUUUUCUGCUAUCUUCAAUCUUGAAGACUACAAAGCUUCACGUGAAAAGUCCUACAAGCAGAUUGAAGCUGCCAUAGCCAAGUUUCGAGAAAUAAAGGACAACAUCAAUGAAGGGUUAAAAUUCUAUGUUACUCUACAGGAUGCAAUCACAAAUGUAAAGCAGCAGAGCAAUGACUUUGUAAUGACAAGGAACAUCCAGUGCAGGGAAAUGAUUGAAGAUGUUCAGAGACAAGUGGCUGGUUUGAGUUUCCAGGACAAAAACAAUGGUGCUUAUAACGGCAACUACCCUUCAGUGGGAAACCAAAACCCAAGAUCCAACACACAACAAACAGAUCCUUCUCGUCCCCAAACACCUUAUUAUCAGCCUGAUCAAAGAUCCGAUACACAAACGAAUCCUUCUCGUCCCCAAACACCUUACUACCAGUCUGCUGAGCAGCCACCUGUUCCUGCCUAUGGUCAUCACCCUCCCCCAUAUGGUCAUCAGCCUCCACCUCCAUACCAAAUUCCACCAACAUCAGCUGCUCCAUACCCUCCCCCCCAGGUCCACCAGCAGCCACCAGCAAGCCAUGAGUAUGGCCAACCUGCAUAUCCCGGAUGGCGUGGUCCAUACUACAAUGCACACGCGCAACAACCUGCUUCUGCUCCUCGGCCUCCAUAUACCAUCCCGUCUCCAUAUCCUCCGCCUCAUCAAAGUGGCUACUAUAAGCAGCAAUAGUGUGUUCAUCUAAGGGUCCUGUAGGGUAAAAAUAAUAUUCUUUCUGAUGACACUAUCUCUGGAAUAAAUGAGAUUCAGCCCUUUAUUAUACAGCCUUCACAUGUUUCUUUUAUUGUCAUUGUAUUUCUAUCUGGUUUGCAGCAUCAUUUGAUUGUGUAUAGUUUUAGCUUAUACAACAAGGUCGUGUGCAUAGUUGGUUGACUUGUCCCUUAUGAUGGGGUCCUCCCUUCUAUGUAUGCUUGUCUUAAAGGGAAAUAUAUGCAGAGUUUUUUAAUCA